CCCGCGCACUCAAGCAAACGUCGUCUAUCACAUAAUCCGCCGUCAUACCGCCUUAUCCCGUCGUGCACGUUUCAUGAGUGUGGCUGGAAAUGGUGCACCAGCCCUGGGUGCCACAGAGGAUGGUUCUAGGCAAACUCCCGCCGAACCUACGGUGAUGGACGGGCUAUCGAGCUCUAAAGUGACGGUCGAGUACCAUGAUCCUUCGGGGGUCUUUCCAUUGAUACAGGAGAACUUGGCUGCGCGAUUGCCACUUCGUAACUUGCACUGGAAGGCUCCUACACGACCACUAAGAUCUAUCGACUCUUUACAUGUUGAUCUCGUGCCCAGUAAAGAAUCAGCACAGGCUGCAAGUGCGGCUUCGUCGACUUCAGCACCUGGCCAAGAGAGACGGCAUCAGAUCCCAGGACUGCGUCAAACACCUUAUCUGAAGGUCUAUCUGUUGAGAUGCGACGAUUCAGAGACUUACAAGGCGACUGCGCGCAAGCAAGUUCGCGAGUGGGUGAAGGAACAUACACCACCCUCUCAAAGCAGUACGGCGAACACGCAGGAAAAUCAUGAUGCAUAUGAGUGGUUGAUCCUACAUGUCGUAGUGCCUGAGACGCCGGCAGCAAGCCAGCCUCGUGGAUCCUCUAGUACCACUACCGGUGAGAAGGAGAAGUCCGGAGCAGCAUCUAGAUGGACGCGCGGGACGACGACCUUGCUUGAAAAGCUUCGCGCCGACUUCAAUGUCUCAUCAAAAUCGGCACCCGAUAGGGUAGCUCAGAUACGAGUGUCAAAAGAAAGGGUUCCCCCGCACAUGCUUCCAGCCACAGCACCUGCUGCCUCUCCCGCUAUCACUGAGAGCCCUCAGGAACAAGAGCGUGCCUGGGCUGAUGUUAUCGCUAAGUUUAAGGUAUUGAUCCUCCUUUCGUUUGACCUCCGGGUGAGUCAAUAUGAAGAGGAUAUUCGGAAGAACGACGCUCAGCGCUCGUUUCCUGGUUGGAACUUCAACACAUUCUUUAUCUUGAAGGAAGGGCUGGCAAGAGGCUUCGAAAGCGUAGGUCUGGUUGAAGAUGCGCUACUCGGCUAUGAUGAGCUUUCCAUCGGUCUAGACAGCGUCAUACGUGAUCAGUCGAGCGAAGACGCGCAAGGAAGCGUUUUGCUCAGCUAUUCAGACGACAUAUAUCAGACAGCAGCAGAGAUCGCACAGCAGGAUGGUAAUGAUGGAUCAGGACCAUCCAUACACGAUGAUAGGCCAAUCAACGCGCUGAAGAAAGACUAUCGCGGUCUCAUCCUUGCAAACAACAUUUCGAUCUUCGACUUCAGGCUUUACAUCUUCGCUCGCCAGAUGUUCUUGCUCUUAAGGCUUGGAAACUCAGUCUCAGCACGUUCCGACCUCGCAGCCAAGCUACAACCUCGACCGAAUGCCGGAGUGAUACAGCGCUCGGCUGAUGACAGCGCUAUUGGUAUGAAGUCAGGCGGCCAAGGGAACGACUCAGAGGAUCUGUUCUCUCUUGCUGAACUCUGUUCACGUGCACUGAACUUCAUCACCUUUGCUGGACGGCUCUUGCGAGAUGAUCUAAUUCACGGUGCGAAAGCUCACGAUACCACGUUUCCUGAUCAUCUUGUCGAAAGCAUCGUUCGUUCGUGGACUUUCGCUUCGCUGGAACAAGUGUUGCGUGAAACAUCUACAGGAUCUCUUCCAUUUACUAAGUUCUCUGGAAACCUAUCGGCAGGCUCUUCCGGCAAGAGUCUUUCGUUUGGUGGCCGCAACAAAGAACAAAAGAUGAAGGUCUCAGAGCCCAAGUCCAUGAUCCAUCCAUCCAGAUCGACAUCUCUGAAUCAUGGGCGACCAUUAUCAGACAUGCCAUACUCACAACCUGCAGCCAAUGCACAAGUCGUAUUUGAGAACGGCCAGUAUCACGAUCGACCACUACCUGGCCAACAGAGCACAAUCCCUUCUGCCAAGAACGGCUUGCAGGAGCUGGCUGGUACCAGAGCGCAGCUGCUCGCAAUUCAGCGACGUUUGCUCGAACAUGCGGGCAAGAGCAUGGGUUGGAAUAUUGGCUGGAAUGCUAUAUUGGCAUCUCUGAGUGCGAAAGAAGAACUCACUGAGGUUGGUCUAGAAGACGAGGAAGAGGAGGAAGAUGAAUCGAAGCAUGACCAGUCUCGUACUGAAACGGAAGGGGAAGCUUCGAAGUCACGUCUCGGUAUAUCUGCUGCAGCGCUGGUCACUGCGAUGACAUCCAUCAGGCAGUUCAGACAAUUCUAUGAGGCCUUGAGUGAUCUUAUCGUCAAGCACUAUAUGGCCGCAGGCCAGACCAAGUCAGCAGAAAGCGUGCUCGGGGAUCUGGCUGCCCUCAGGUUUGAACUCGGUGACUUCGCGGCAGCCGCCAUGUACUUCGGACGUAUGGCAUCGUACUUUGCGGAGAGCAGAUGGAACACGGUUGAGACAACCAUGCUCAAGAUGCACGCACGUUGCCUCAAGAAACUCAACCGAAAAGAUGAAUAUGUGCGGACGGUACUUGAUCUCUUAGCUAAGUCUGCGGCGAGCCGAAUGGCGUUCAAGAGUGCCUCGAAACGAACCAGUACAACCGACGCAGGUGACAUGCCUGGUGACUGGCUGAACGACGACAAAGUGGACACUACUGAUGUAUUCCAUGAACUCAUCAGCUAUUCGCAACAGCUACCCUACGAUGUCACGGUCCAAAUGCCGAAGUACUUCGGCGACAUCUCGGUAGAUCCGUACGUUCGACACUACGAUGAUAAAGAUGGGUUCCAGUUACGCCUUCAAUUCAGACACCAUCUCGAAGACGAGAUUGAAAUACGCGCAGCCAAAAUCCGAUUGGUCAAUGCAGUCUCGAAUCAAGCCAAGGACAUAUGGCUCGAAGAGACAGGAGCCAUACAGUUGAAGAAAGGCUUGAAUCGCAUGUGGAUCGGCUGCAACGUGAAUACGAUCGGACCGUACAUGGUCGACAGGGUUGUCCUCGAAGCAAAGCGUAUCGUCUUCGUACACGAACCUUUCCAGAAGGCAGAGGCGACAACUCCACUUGGCAUCAUCACUUCGGUCUCUGCGCAUUCUCUCAAAGCCGCGAAGAAAGCUCGGAUACUGUGCUUCCCCCGUAGCGAAUCCUUCCAAGCCCGAAUCUAUCUCUCGCACUUCAUCCACAUCGACAAGCCGCGGCACAUAGAGGUCGAGUGCUCAGCUGGCUGGAAUGAGAUCACACGUGCAGAAGUCCGCCUAAAGUCUGCCUCUGCAGGUUUACGACUGCGAACGGCAAAUGCAAGCGUGGCUGUGGGAGAAACCAAGAUCGAUGACAGCAAGCCAACACCGGGUGUCAUCGCUAUUGGUGGCAUGCCGGCAGACUCCACAGCGACAUUGAAGGUGCCUUACGACAUGGAAACAAUAUUGCAAGACCUCACUGUCAAGAUCGAUGUCGACUACUUUACCGCCAAGGGUCAGUUCCAGUAUACCUCGACCUUCAUCAUUCCUGUUGAACUGCCUCUGGAUGUCAACGUUCAUGACCAUUUCAAGAGCAAGUCGCUUUUCUCCAAGUUCAACAUCAAAACGGCCAACCAUGUACCACUGAAACUUCUGGACGUCGCACUAGAAGGAUCAGAAGAGUUCGAUGUUCAUGCGCCCAGGCGCCCGAAAGAGGCCGUCCAUGUCUUCCCGAAGCAGCCCGUCGCAGUCACGUACAAAGUCACUAAGAAAACGAUGGACGCCGCCAAGAAGCGACAAAGUCGGAUUUCUACCACCGGCAGUCUAUCUCUGGCUGUUGAGUACCGAUGCUUGAACGAAGACGUUCUUGAUCGAGUGCGAGUGAUGUUUGCUGAGGCUGUGGAAGACAGUCCAGUCCAUCGACUGGCUCGUUUGCUUACCGACCAUUUUGCUAGUCAAUUGGAGCAACAUAUCUUGCCACCGCAAUACGAAAAAAUCGCGUUACUACAGAGGUUCGACCUAGGUGCGUUCGAGGAGGUUGGGUGGGCAGACUGUUUGGAGAGCUUACCGCUUGUCGUCCGUGAUGACACACAGACCUGGCUACAGAAGUGGCAUGAAAAACACCGAACCAUCUUGCUCGCCGAAGACGAUGCUAAAGAUACGACGCAACAGCCGAUCGCUCCACUGUCGCCAAACCCACCCCGCCGGAUGAUUAUCACAGUCUCGAUCCCUCAGACCCACAUCUUGCACACCGCAUCACUGUCUCUUAACUCACCUCCUUCGUCUUCACAUUCCACAACCGCGACCGUAGGCCAGCCUAUCAUGACCACCCUUCGCAUCUCGCACACCCGCCGCUGGGCCUCACCUUCCAGCCUUCUCUCCGCGGCUAACCUCACCGAAGUCGAUGAGCCCAUAGAUUUCGUCUACACCAUCGACGCGAACCCGGAAGUAUGGCUUGUCGCCGGCCAGCGACGUGCGCACUUCACUGCCAAGGAAGACGAGGAACAUGAGUGGCCAAUCAUGCUUAUCCCGCUCAAGUCAGGGAAUACGCUGUUGCCGAACGUGGACAUCCGCGCGAAGAUCAAGCCAAAAGAGGAGGAGAAGGGGAAGUCAAGUACUACGGAGGCGGAGAUCUUGAAUUGCGAGACUGAUUAUUUGAGCUAUGGAGAGAGCGUUAUGGUUGUGCCGGAUGUGAGGAGUAGUACGGUGGGGGUUGGGGAUAUGAGUGUGGGUAGUCCGAGGAGCGUGGUUUGGUUGGAGAGUAGCGGUCAGGCAGUGUAGAGUUGGGUGGGAGUGCAGCGAAAAUGUUGAAAAUGGACAUGUCGAAUGAUCAUGAAAUCUAGGAACUUGACUUUUUGUUCUUAGUUUGAGGUUUAAUAUGUCAAAUAUUGGUAGUUGGGGUGAUCGAGAAACAAAUUUGAACUACUACAUGCGUGUGCCAUUGACGUUCUAGAUGGUGGACUCGGCGGUUGAUACUGUUGCUCAAAUAUCAGCCAAGAUAGUCAGUCCAUGCGGGUUUGUAGGUUGCAUGUGAGUCCCACUGGGAAUUGUAGAAGU